AUGGGCAUGGCCGUGAGGAGCACGAUCGUCAAGAGUGAUUUAGGUCUGGAGUCAGGACAACCGGACUAUUUCGCAGCUUUGCGCCUGUUGGCAGGUUCGAAUGGGGGCACGACGGAGUUGGAAGCUUUGGAAAACGCGACCGCGGCUGCGCGAAUGUAUGGGGACGACCGGAGCGCGUUCAAUGACGAUGCCUUUCUCAGACAUUUUGCGGACUUGGCUCUGGGCGAUGGGCACAGCGCGAUGCGGAGAGAUGGGGUAGACAUGGGAUUCGGACCCGAGAGCGGUUCCGGUGGGGCUUUCCAAGAAAACAACCCGCACCCUUCCGAACUCUCCCUUCCCGAAACUACGAACUCCGUUAUCCGCCCAUUCUUGUAUGACAGCUUCCUUUCAUCCGCCACAGACUUCCCAGACACUUCACGGGAUAAUCUGCAUUAUAGCCAUGCCCAACCUCGACACCACUCGCACUAUACGACUUCAUUGGAAACCUUACGCGCAAGGGCAUACAGGGCUCUAGGAAGAGAUUUUGCGGAUGAGUUCGACAGUCUAACGUCUGCUGGCUCUGGACACGCAAUCGGGUCAUACCCGGGGCUCGGAAGGGGCUAUAGCACCGUUCCUCCUCCUGGAUACAUAUGUAAAUUAUGCUUCGUUGAGGGCCACUGGCUCAAGAACUGCAACCUCUACCAGUACCGUCGUCGCAGUGAAUACUUCCAUAACUACCCACCCAACGCCUCUGCUGGCAUGAAUACCUCAUCGUUGAGUGCUGCAGCAGCGGCCGCCAUCGCCAGAUACGACGGGCUCUCCAUCAGCGCCGCGCUCCGGGGACUAUCGGCCAGGCACUCACCCACGCACAUGCAACCAUCGAACCGCAGCGUUGGGAAGACGACAGUGCCUCCCGACGGAUACGUAUGCCGCAAGUGCCAUACUCCUGGUCAUUGGAUUCAACAAUGCACCCUUCCCAAACAAUCUGUGCCUCCGGACGGCUACACCUGCAAGAUCUGUCUCGUCAAAGGCCACUGGAUUCAUCAAUGCCCCCACCGCAGCGGCGCCAACGGAGGGGAUGCGCAGGCGGCAGCAGCGGCGGUCAUUCGCGGUGGCAUCGCCGGCUUCUGAAGAAUCCGCACAACAUUUUUGGAUACGGGCGAGGAACGACAGAGUCGACCAUUGCGCAUGCUGUUUGUCCAACUUCUCUUUCGGCGCUCGCAUAUCUACUGUUACAAGCGCAGAACUUCAUCGACUUUGGGACUGCGGGCAGAUCAGUCACCUGCUUUGCGUGGGGCAUCUUCACCUUUCCCUUUGGUGGCCCGCCUUCCUUCGCCUCUCUUUUUGGACUAAGAUUAUUACCUCGUGUUUGACAUUGUGAUGUGAUAGGAUAUUGUGGGACGCUUCGUUGGCUUGUCUAAUCCUUCUUUACUAUGUAUUGAUCUCUC